AUGGCGUUUAGGAGAGAGUUGAGAGGGAGAGAAACCUUUACUUCCCUCUCUCUCUCUUUUUCAAUUCGUUUCCGUUACACCAAUUCCUGUCAUUCCCUUUUCCCUCAUUCCAUCCCUUCCCUCAAACAUUGUUUUGCCUGCCAAUUUUCGUAAUGAAUUUGCAAAUAAUUUUAUACUGGUACAAAGCUGGAUGAGUUUUUUGCCUUUUUUCUUAUUAGUCAUCCUCCGUCCUUAUUCGAAAGAGCAGAGUUACUAUCUUAAUUAAAGCCAAACAAACUCGUUAUAAUUAGGGUUGUCGGUAAGGAACCUACCGAGGAAAUCGGGAUUUUUCGAUUCUCUUUUCAGGUUCGGUUCCAAAUACCCGAAAAUUUUCUAAGAACCGGCAACCUUGACAGAUAACACAGGUGCGGAAAUAUCGUUUGAGAUUAUGGUAGCCUCUGCUUUUCUGACACCUCAGACUUGACCUUAGGAUACGAGCAUUUCCGAC